CCCGGAAGUACUUAGUUAUUCUUGCCUUCACAGUGGUCUAGUUAUCUACGUGUAUUUCAGGAAUAUAUUUUGCCCCAUAUAAUAGUCCAAUGAUGACUAAAUUACAAUAUCUGAAUGUGUAUCUAACUGAGCGUUUGAUGCAAGCUGCGGAGGAGAUACUUGGAGUGGUCGGAGACACAAUCUCCGAGUACCAGGAAGAAAUAGCUCGGGCGAAGAGAGAGAACCAAUACCUGAAACGACACUUGAUCACAUCGGUCCUACCUGCUCCUCAGCCCAUUGUCUCUUGGGUCUCAGAGCAGCAAACUCCCCCUGAGCAACAGCGCUGUGAGCAGGAGUGGAGCUCCAGUCUGGGGCAGGAGGACACAGAGCCCACACAGAUUAAAGAGGAACAGGGUGAACUCAGGGCCCGCCAGGAGGUAGAGCAGAUUCAAGGGCCGGAGGCUGAUACCAAAGAAGACUCCAUAAUCAUUCCUCCCUGUGUGAAAAGUGACUGUGAUCAGGAGCCAUCUCAGCCCACACAUCUUCCCCAAACUGUGGAGAACAGAGAGAAGUACUCUCUACUGACCAACACAACUGGACAGAUCAAAACAGAACCUGAUGGAGAGGGCUAUGGAGUAUCACUAUCAGAACCAACCAGUGACUCCCCUCAGUCUCAGCCCCUCUUUGCAGUAAAUCCAGACUGUUCUAGAACACAGAGUGAGAACACUGAAAGUGUACCUGAUGUUCAGAGAGAUCCAGAAAGGAGACCAGAGGAGGACACACAGACACACUCAUGUACUCAGUGUGGUGCCGUGUUCUGUGAGCUAUCCCAACUGAAGGCACACAUGCUAUCCCACACAGAACCACACAGUGGUGACACUAGUCACAGGCAAAUCCUCUGCACAGUCUGUUGGAAGUCAUUCACCUCUACCAGUUACCUCAAGGUCCACAUGUGUUCUCACAAUAAGGAUAAGCCCUUCCACUGUGGUGUGUGUGGCAAGAGUUUCAGCUACUCGGGCAGGUUCAGGGAGCAUCAACGCAUCCACACGGGAGAGAGACCGUACCGCUGCCACGUGUGUGGUAAACGCUUCAACCGGUCUACCCAUCUGAAGACCCACCUCAGGGUCCACACGGGGGAGAAACCCUACUCCUGUCCUGUCUGUGGAAAAGGGUUCAGUCAGUCCAGCCAAAUCAAAGGACACCUCAGAACUCACACCCGAGGGAGUUCCAACUCCAUCAUCAAGUUCGCGGACAAUACGACAGUAGUAGUCCUGAUUAUCAACAACGACGAGACGGCCUACAUGGAGGCGGUAGGCAUUCUGACGGCGUGGUGCCAGCUAUCUACGUGUAUUUCGGGAAUAUUUCUUGCCCCCUAUCGUCCAAUGAUGACUAAAUUACAAUAUCUGAAUGUGUAUCUAACUGAGCGUUUGAUGCAAGCUGCCGAGGAGAUACUUGGAGUGGUCGGAGACACGAUCUCCGAGUAUCAGGAAGAAAUAGUCCGGACGAAGAGAGAAAACCAAUACCUGAAACGACACUUGAUCACACCGGUCUUCCCUGCUCCUCAGCCCAUUCUCUCUUGGGUCUUGGAGCAGCAAACUCCCCCUGAGCAACAGUACUGUGAGCAGGAGUGGAGCCCCAGUCUGGGGCAGAGGGACCCAGAGCCCACACAGAUUAAAGAGGAGCAGGGUGAACUCAGGACCCGUCAGGAGGUAGAGCAGAUUCAAGGGCCGGAGGCUGAUACCAAAGAAGACUCCAUAAUCAUUCCUCCCUGUGUGAAAAGUGACUGUGAUCAGGAGCCACCUCAGUCCACACAUCUUCCCCAAACUGUGGAGAACAGAGAGAAGUACUCUCUACUGACCAACACAACUGGACAGAUCAAAACAGAACCUGGUGGAGAGGGCUAUGGAGUAUCACUAUCGGAACCAACCAGUGACUCCCCUCGGUCUCAGCCCCUCUCUGCAGUAAAUCCAGACUGUUCUAGAACACAGAGUGAGAACACUGAAAGUGUUCAGAGAGAUCCAGAAAGGAGACCAGAGGAGGACACACAGACACACUCAUGUACUCAGUGUGGAGCCAUGUUCUGUGAGCUUUCCCAACUGGAGGCACACAUGCUAUCCCACACAGUACCACACAGUGGUGACACUAGUCACAGGCAAAUCCUCUGCACAGUCUGUUGGAAGUCAUUCACCUCUACCAGUUACCUUAAGGUCCACCUGCGUUCUCACACUAAUGAGAAGCCCUUCCACUGUGGUGUGUGUGGCAAGAGUUUCAGCUACUCAGGGAGGUUCAGGGAGCACCAACGCAUUCACACGGGAGAGCGACCGUACCGCUGCCACGUGUGUGGUAAACGCUUCAACCGGUCUGCCCAUCUGAAGACCCACCUGAGGGUCCACACAGGGGAGAAACCCUACUCCUGUCCUGUCUGUGGGAAAGGAUUCAGUCAGUCCAGCCAGAUCAAGGGACACCUCAGAACUCACACCCGAGGAAGGUAGAAGAUUCCUUAGAGUGAGGGGAUAGACAGAGCCUUCUGUUCUCAAAGUGCCUCCCUUCUCUUCACUUCUACAUAUAAUUGUAACACUAGAGGACUAUAGAAUGUGUAAUGUUUUGCAGACUGAGGCACUUCAUGUCUGCAUUGAUUUGAGAGAGUUGCUUAAUAACAUGCUAUGAAAAGACUUGACCCUUAUGUAUCACUAGGUUACACUAACUAUUUUAGAGAGAAAUAUAAUGUUCAUUUUGGUUAGAUUUAAAAAUAUAUAUAUCUUGAUUUUCAAUAGAAGUGGGUUGGUCUCCUGGCAAAUAAACUAACUGUCAUAUUGAUUAA